ACUCUUUGAAUGCUUUGAAACAUCAUUCUAUCUUUAUUCUCAUGGAAUGUAGAACAAAGAUAGAAUUAUGUUUCAAAGCAUCCAGAGCGUCUUCCCGACCGCAGCCUAAGUUGAAAUGACACAAGAAUGUCCCAACUCUAUCUGUAUUCUUUUCUCUUAUUUGUAUCUUCUCCUUUCCUCCAACAAAGGAAUUACUCAUUUUCUAGUAUAUGUAAAGAAUUAAAGAUAUAAAAGAAAGAAAAAUAAUAAUAUUUUGUGAAAAGAUAUUGUUUUAUUCUUUGUGAACAAUUAUAUUAUAAUAAGAUAUACAAUUCAUGAUGUCAUUGUUGGUGGAUGCAAUUGCCCAUAGUCCAGCAAAGGCAGUUAUAAACAUAAAUAUUUUAAGACAAAUAGAAAAAGAUCUUGAUAUAGAUGAGAAGAUCUCUGUAUUAUUUUUGAUAAUAGAAGAUUAUGCAAAUGCAUUUAGAGAUAUUUUUGAUCUUUUUCAAAAAGAACAAAAGACAGAAAAUUCAUACAUAAUUGUAGAUUAUGUAAAAAAGUAUCCGGAAAAUUGGGAAGAUAAAAUUUUAGAAGCAUUAUGUAUUCUAAAUAAUCGAGAAGUAAUAAGAAAAUUAAGAACAUCUUUCGAAGAGUUAGAUAAACACUACGUUCCAAACUGCAACUCAUAUUCAAAAAAUAUAAACAUAGUUGCAAAAUGUUUAUAUAAACUAUGUGAAUCUUUGAAUGAAAAUGAGCAAAAACAGUUAUUAAGCUAUAUAAAAUCUGAUAACUCUAAUUAUGAAUUAUUAUUAGAUAAUAUAGAUUAUCUUGAAUUGCAUAUGCUUUAUUGGAUGCAAAUUACGUAUAUUACAAUUUCAAAAAAUGAGAAGCAUAAUAUGGAAAAAUUAUUAAAACAUUUGAAGAAAUUUGAAGAUUUAAAAAUAAUUUCUAUGGAUUUGGAGAAAUUUGAAAAUCGAUCGAAUGUUGUUGAUACUUGUGGGAAUGUUGGAACAAAUGAUAAAAACUGUCUCCAUCCAAUUUCUCCAAGAGAACCAUUUUUUACAGAAAAAAAUAACAAUAAAAUGCAAUUUAUUAAUAAUGGACUCUGUAUUAUUAUAAAUCAGAUGUAUUUUGAAAAAGAGUAUAAGACACGAUUUGGAACUAAUACAGACCGUAAUAAUUUAUCUGAUACAUUUAAAUCUUUUGGAUUCAAAAUCAAGAUAUUUGAAAAUUUAAAGAAAAAAGAAAUGUUAGAAAAAAUAAAAAAUAUUUCAAAAGACUAUGGAAAUAAGUAUGAUUGUUUAUUUCUAUGCAUUUUAAGUCAUGGAUAUAAAGGAGGUGUAAUUGCAUCAGAUGAAAAAGAAGUUUCAUUGGAAGCAAUUGAAAAAGCUGUUUGUUGUAUAGAAUUGAAAGAUGUUAUAAAAAUUAUUAUUAUUCAAGCUUGUCAAGGAAAGACACGUGGAAGUAUAAAUAAUUGUUUGACUACUGAUGGUUUAUCUGAUUUUUCUAUUAUGGAAUUAGAAGAUAUUCGUCAGUUUAGAAAAUUUUUAAUAUUUAUGUCAACAAUACAAGGUUUUGUAUCAGUACGUCACGAAGAUGAAGGUUCAUGGUUUAUACAGGAAAUUUGUAAAAUUCUCAAAACUUAUGGAAAUCAUUUACCUUUCAUUGAAUGCGUUAGAAAAAUAAUAGCAUCUAUGCAAGAGAAAAAUGGAGAAAUAGAAGGGGUUCAAAUUGUACAAUUGCCAGAAAUACGUAUUGAUCGUUUAGAUGCAGACUUUCAAUUGAGAAACAUAAUUACUCCUGCACUUUAAGUAAUAAUUAUACGUUUUAAAU